AUGGCUAGAUUAUGUGAUGAGCAAAAAAUCAAAUAUAAUAAAUAUCUUACUCUUCUUCUUCUAUGUGUUACACAUUGGAAUUCUCAUUAUCAUUGCUAUUUCAGUUUAAUACGAACAAAGGCAGCUUUAAAGGUACUUAUUUCAAAAUAUGCUUCUGAAGAAUUUGAUCAAGAAGAUGAAGCAAUUUACCAUUUUGAUGAUGAAACGUGA